CAUAACGAUACCUGAAAAUGAGUGGAAGAGGAAAAGGAGGAAAGGGACUCGGCAAAGGAGGCGCCAAGCGUCACCGCAAAGUGCUCCGUGAUAACAUCCAGGGCAUCACCAAGCCCGCUAUCCGCCGUCUGGCUCGCCGUGGCGGAGUGAAGCGUAUCUCCGGUCUGAUCUACGAGGAGACCCGUGGGGUGUUGAAGGUCUUCCUUGAGAAUGUGAUCCGUGAUGCCGUCACCUACACCGAGCACGCCAAGAGAAAGACUGUGACCGCCAUGGAUGUGGUGUAUGCCCUGAAGAGGCAGGGCCGCACUCUGUACGGCUUCGGAGGUUAAACAUCUACACCCUGACAUACCUGGAAAAACAACGGCUCUUUUAAGAGCCACCCAAAUUACUUAAAAGAGUCUUGUUUCCUUUCGAUAAUGUCUAUAUCACACAUUUUUCAGU